CUCCAUUCUCCACAGCCCACCAGAAGCUGUGAAUGGUAGACAGCUGCUCGUAUUUCGCUCCGCUGGCGAGCACCGCGCCAGUCAGAGGCAGUGGAGGCUGAGCGCGCACCUUCAGUCAGCGGUCCUCUGAUGUCAUGUGAAAUAACUGGAAGAAAAGUGGAUUUUUAUGCAUAUAACACACGUAUAAAAUCAGCGGCUGAAAAGCGCUGACAUAGGCGUGUUUUUGGGGGGGAGGUUGGGGGAGGGUCAUUCCGAGGAUUUACGCGCGCUAAAGUGUCCAUGGCACAUUUUACGCACAGCAGAAACAGUUUUUUGGAGGUUCAAACAAUCAACAACAUGGAUUAAGAAGCAAGUUAUUUUCUAUUUACUUGAGGACAGGUCAAAUGGCGGCACUUCGUAGAAAAUUUGGCGAAGACUACCAGGUGGUUAACACGAAUCGGGCUGACACUUUCUCUGCUCCAGUGAAGAAGAAACGCCAACGCUUCGUGGACAAGAACGGUCGCUGCAAUGUGCAGCACGGAAACCUCGGCGGGGAGACCAGUAGGUACCUCUCUGACCUCUUCACCACUUUGGUUGACCUGAAGUGGCGAUGGAACAUGCUCAUCUUUAUCCUAACAUACACGAUCGCUUGGCUGGUCAUGGCAUCGAUGUGGUGGAUCAUCGCUUACAUCAGAGGAGACCUGAAUCACGGCCACGACGCCUCCUACACCCCCUGCGUGGCCAAUGUUUACAACUUCCCCUCCGCUUUUCUGUUUUUCAUCGAGACCGAGGCCACGAUCGGAUACGGUUACCGGUACAUUACAGAGAAGUGCCCGGAGGGCAUCAUCCUCUUCUUGUUCCAGUCGCUGAUGGGCUCCAUAGUGGACGCUUUUCUCAUCGGCUGCAUGUUCAUCAAAAUGUCACAACCUAAGAAACGCGCAGAGACGCUCAUGUUCAGUCAGGACGCCGUGAUUUCCCAGCGAGACGGCAAACUUUGCCUCAUGUUCCGCGUGGGCAACCUGCGGAACAGCCACAUGGUGUCCGCUCAGAUAAGGUGCAAACUCAUAAAGGAGACCGGACAUACUGGGACACAGCAUGGUCGCCGUACUUUAACACACAAUGAAAAUGAGCAUGCUUACCCCCUGAAGUCAACAGCAUCUCAGUUAAGUAGCCAAAUAGAGAGACAAAAUAAGUGUGUAAUUUGAGAUUUAACCUUUUCAUAGCUAAAAUACCAGAGUGAUGUCACAGCCCGGCUCAAACGGGCUAAAAGUAAUACACACAUUUACAUUUAUUUAACGAAUAAAAUGAACUAUACAAAUAACUUGAGUCAGCUAUCAGUAAUCUGUACUGUCUGUACUGCAUGUGCAGCAAACAAAACUUCAACAUUGUGAAAGACAGCACAGCGCCAGCGAGCAAGGCACUAAUCCCUAGAGGAAAGGAGGGGUCGUAACAGGCUGCCAUGGCAACAAGCCAUGUCGGCAGGUAUAGUAGCAUACAUCAUUUGGGUCAUUGAGCUUAAUUUGCCUGCUAGCAACAUCUGAUCAACUCCGACGCAGCAACUGUAACUAGGGGGCAGUAGAGGUGCAGUAAUAAUGUAACUGACAGAAGUCACAGCGUGCUAAAAGUCAUCCCACUUUGGGCCUGAACAAACAGAUCUAUGAUCUAUGACACUCACUCAGUGAGGGCUGGAAGAAAAAAAUUCCAUUGAGGAAAUAUUGUGUCAAUUAUUUUAGGAUUAACGAGAAUAAGAGAUCUAAAGAUGGCAGAAAAUGUGGCAGAUACGGGGUGGGACUGUGUAUGUGUCUGUCUGUCUGUUUCCAGGAGAUCAUCAUAAAGCUGUGUGGGGGUUUGUGUGUGUGUGUGUGCGGGUAUGUGCGUGUGUGUGUGGGGGCAGUAUGAGUGUAUUUGGCGGUGAAAACAUUGUUGUUAUUUAAAUAUUGACUUAAAAAGAAAGUUUCCUGAGUAUCACAAUUGUUGUGACUACGUGAAGAUCGUGUAUAUUAAAACCCCAGAAGUGAACCCCAGAAGUGUCUCAUCUCCUCAUUAUCUAAAUUAUGUCAAUUUGCAAAGAUAAUCUUAGCUUUUGAAGGUAAAAACAAAAAAAUCUUGACACAGAAACAACUUUUUGAAAUUGUUGGCUAUUACACUUUUUUAUAUUUAAAAUAUUAAAAUCAAUAUAUAAAAAGCAGCAAGCCUUUUUUCUGACGGCAGGAUGUAAGAAAAUUACCACAAAUUGACGGGAAUUGUGCAGGAACACAAAGACUGCUAAGUGAGGGAGGCAAACAAGAACAGAAAGGUGAACAAAUUGAUAAAACGGAUUACGAGAGGAAAAAAGAAAAUACAUCCAGGACCUUAUUGGUGAGCGCCAACGUCAUUAGGUCAGUGCUUUCCACAGCAGUUAACCCUGUGUGGACAAGUGUGGUGCAAAACCUGUGUCCCACGUGCAAAUCAAAGCAAAGAGCCAAGUCUGCGGCCACUGCAAACCGGGCACAAAGGAAGUUUGAAACCGACGGGGAGCACACGUUCAGGCUUUUAGGUGUUUUUACAAUCACAGUUGUAUUUUCUGCUACAUCAUAAUAAAUAUAUACAAAUUGCGUAUAAAAUCGAAUAAACUAAUAAAUACAGGGCAUUUAGCGGCUGACAUAAAAAAUGUCGAGCUUCCUUAGCACAUUUUAGAGGUUUUCUUUAAGCAAUAAGAUACAAAAGGCUGUACUUUGUCGUCCAAUAAUAAGCAGUUCGGGGGUGUUGUUAGGUGCGCGUCAGGCCUAACAACACCCCGAACUGUCACAUUAUUGGACAACAAAGAACAGCCUUUUGUACCUUAUUGCUUUAAUAAUGCACUUAUUGCAUUUAUUGGUUCGACCUUUCAUCAAACAUCUCAGAUGGUUUCAUUUUGAUUAAGUUUGAGACUAAAGAGGGGGAAGUUUCCAAUAUUACACAAAAAAGGAGACAGCUCAAGAAAACGUUAAAGAACUGACCAACAUAAUUUGUUUGUCUCAUUUCCUCCUGAAGUAAUCACGUUUAGAUCUUUUUGAUUUAGUUUAUCUCAGAUUUAAUCUCGUUUGGGGGGUUUGACAGCAGCGAAUGCCUCCAGCAGCUAUAACAAAGGGUUCUUUGUGCCUUAAUGCCUCAGGAGUAAGUAUUUCAUAGGAGAAGUACUUUGAGUUUUGAUACUUUUAAUCCAUUUUGAUGCUUUUGAAUAGGUAACCUUUCAUCUGCUCUCUCUUUCUCUUUGUCUCUCUCCCUCCCUUUCUCUCUCCUGACUGUC